GUUUGCCUGGUGGUCGACCCUCGAGCCGUGCUGCACGUCCAGAGCCUGCCCGUCCACACUUUCCCGCACCGCCGGACCAGGUCAGGUUCUGUCAAGUUUGCAGCAGAAGCUACUGAUGGUGAAGUUUCAAUUAUACCAUUAUCCUGCCAGGUGAAGAAAGGCAGUGAGAGGGCUCCAGCAUCUUGGAUAUGGACCUUCUUCACUUCCUGGCCUUCCUCUUUGUCCUGCUGCUCUCUGGGACGGGAGCCACAGGCACACUGAGGACCUCCCUGGACCCAAGCCUGGAGAUCUACAAGAAGAUGUUUGAGGUGAAGCGGCGGGAGCAGCUGUUGGCACUGAAGAACCUGGUACAGCUGAAUGAUGUCCACCAGCAGUACAAGAUUCUUGACGUCAUGCUCAAGGGGCUCUUUAAGGUGCUGGAGGACUCCCGGACAGUGCUCAUUGCUGCCAAUGUGCUCCCAGAUGGGCCCUUCCCCCAGGAUGAGAAGCUGAAGGAUGCUUUCUCCCACGUGGUGGAGAACACGGCCUUCUUUGGCGAUGUGGUGCUGCGCUUCCCGAGGAUUGUGCACCACUACUUUGACCACAACUCCAACUGGAACCUCCUCAUCCGCUGGGGCAUCAGCUUCUGCAACCAGACGGGCGUCUUCGACCAGGGACCCCACUCGCCCAUCCUUAGCCUGAUGUCCCAGGAGCUGGGGAUCAGUGAGAAAGAUUCCGACUUCCAGAACCCAUAUAAAAUAGACCGCACAGAGUUCAUUCCCAGUACCGACCCUUUCCAGAAGGCCCUGAGAGAAGAAGAGAAACGUCGGAAGAAAGAGGAGAAGCGGAAAGAGAUCCGAAAAGGCCCGAGGAUCUCAAGAUCCCAGUCUGAGUUGUAGCCUUGGAGCAGCUCCGGGCUCAAGGGCACCAGGAGGAGGCCAGUUGGGAGGAAGAGGAGGAAGAGGAGGCGGCGGUGUGGCUGUGGUGCAGCAGCGUCAGCUGUGGUGGUGAGCACCAGCCACUUCCAGACAUGGAGGCUGUUUGCUCAGCCCCCUGGAGCCAGGUCAGCUCCAGCUGAAGGGACUGAACCUGAGAGCUGGAUUUCCUCCUAGGGGCCUUCCAGGACACUGUGCUGCAGACACGACCCUGCAGAGACUGCUGGGGGCGGUGGAGGGAUCCUGGCCUGGACCUUCCUGGUGGAUUAGGACCACUGGCCGUCUGGCUGUCACUCUUUGUGGGGAAGCAGCAGAACCAGGUUCUGAGCCAUGGGUAAAAGUGCCACCCCUGCUGCUGGCCCCACUGUGUCACUCAGCUGCCCCGCACAGGUCCCAGUCCCUCUACAGAGACACAAUAAAAGCCAGCAAACCCUUUGGACUGACCAAGGCUGGUGAGGGGACUGAGGGGCCAGGAUCCCUUAGGGAUGUAGAAACCAGUUUAGAGGCUGUUUCUGCCUCAUCAGGAGAAGCCUUAGGCCCUAGCAGGGCAGAAAAACAGGGCUGGCUCAGGCCUCCUAUUCCUACCUCAGCAUUGUCCUUGACAAAGGAUCAGUGUUGUGAAGGGACUUGGAAGUGUCCUGGGAGGGUGUUUAGCCCAAGAAGACCUUGGAGCAAUGUGAUCUCUGUCCUCAGGUAUCUGGGGACAGUCAUUGAGCAGGCACAGGAAAGAGUCAACUUGUCCUCUCUGGCAGUGCUAGAGGACACUCGACCUGUAGGUGGGGGCUGUAGGGGUUUGGGCUGCAGCCCUGCAGGAGGCUGCUUUAUAAUGGCUGGGCUGCUCUGAGCUGGAGUGGUCAGACAGUGAGCUUCCAUCCCAGGAGGUGUGCAAGACUGAUGGCCUCAGGGCAUGGAAGCUACUGGGGAGUUAGCUCUGAGUGGGUGGUGUGGUUUCUGUGGCCCUGGGUGGGGGCAGCUGCCCUUCAGUCCUGCCCCUCCCAAGUAGAGGAGGGAGGGGGCUUCAGUGGGAAUUCUAGCUCUGCCUCUUUGACCUUGCCUAGCCAGAGUCUGCCUCUUAAAGGAACAGACACACAACCAUCCUAGAUCCACAGAGCCCAGGCAAUACCUGAGUCUUAGCCCAUCAGACUAGUUGGCCCACCCCUUCCCUUCCCUUUCCUGUGCUGUGGCUUCAUUGGCAAAAUGAAUUUGAUAGUGUCUGAAUCCCCUGCCCAGCCCUACCCUGUUUUUCUGAGGCUGGCUUCUCUAUGGGGUCAGGGCAGCAAAGAGAAGCCUGGCUUUAGGGAGGUUUCAUGGAAGGGCCCAGAAUAUCCUGCAUCCCAUCAGUUACUCAGAAGUCAAGGGACAAGAAGCAGCUGGAAGAGAGCUGGGAGGAGGGUUGGAGAAGUUUUCCCAUCAGAACUGCCCACAAGCCACCUGGUCCCCUUCACUGUGCAGUGGAGUCUGGUCCCCUUCACUGGGCAGUGGAGGCAGGGGCAGGUGGCAGGAGUGACCUGACAAACCUGGGUUCCACCCCCAGCCCUCCCCACUGUCCCCCGCGCUGUGUGACCCCAGCCACAUUUCUGUGAGGAUCACAUGAGAUGGUGGACACUGGAGUUUGUGAACUAAAGGGCUGUACCACGGCAAACGGUCAGAUUCACUGGAUCAGCAGUUUAACCUGUCCUGGUGCCAGCGGCUGGAGCUGGGGGUCAGGACCAGCCCCCAGCCUCUUCCUGUCCUUCGUGUUGGAGAGGCAUUUUUUGGUUGCUGACUCAGCAAGGGGGGGGGAGGUGAUUAGCCUCCCCACUUAACUGGAGGAAAACUUUCUAAGAACCAGGCCUGCUUGGCAGUGGGCCUAGCUUUCUUGGGGUGGCAGGGAGGUUAAAGGAUACCUCAGGACAGUGCAGAGUGGUUCCAGCUUUGGCUGGGUGUCCUACUGAAUGACUUCAAGGGGCUUUGUCAUUAGCAGGAUUUUUAUACUUUGAAGCAGAGCAAUGAGGGAGGCAGCCUAGUGUGGUGGGAAGUCCUGGGCAAUUUGGGACUAGCACAGGCUGUCUCUUGCUGGCAGUUGUCAUCAGAACCAGGCACUUCCCCAGAUGCUUGGGUCCCCCAUCUCAGAAUGCCCAGGUUGAAAGGAUAAGUGCCUGUUUACAGGCAGAAGGUACCUGGAAUUAAGUGACUUCUCAGUGAUAGGUGCCCUUCUUUGAUGGGUCUUCAUUCAUCCUGUAGAUUUAAUGAGUGCCCACUGUAUGCAGAGCCACAGAGAGGGCCUAGUCUUUUCUGCCUUCUUGUCUGCCCCAUCUGGUACCUCCUUCCUCCUGGACUCUUCCCGCUACACCUUCAGCUUCUCUCCAUCUUAGUUGAUCCUGUCCUUUCUACCUCAGAUGGGCUCCCUUCAAAGAAAUAGAACCACUCUGCUUGUCCCCUCUCACCUUCCCUUUGCUGCCACUAUUGUUAGGGUCACUUGUUCUGGGAAGUCCCCCUUCUGAGCCUUACUGCAGGUAGGGCCUGCACCCGCUUCAGCUGCAAAGGUCCUAGGGCACUUGUGUGUCCAGCCUCCCCUGGCAGCUGGGAUUCAGCCCCACCACCUGGACUUACCCACUCUGUAUGGGAGUUGUGCUGGUGGCAGUAGUGGUCACAGGUACCCUGGGCAGCAGUGGAGUGGUAGUUCUAGAGGCUAGUCCAGAGACCAGUGCCAGGAAUGCCCAGUGGUGGCAACAGUGAUGUUUUCAGUGGAUCUUAGACAUUGUUCCUGUCUGCUGAGCUUCUAUGCCUGAUCUAUGGCACCUUUGGAGACUCUGGGAGCUCCCCAAUAUCCUUUAAGGCAGCAGUCCCCAACCCUUUUGGCACCAGGGACCGGUUUCAUGGAUGACAAUUUUUCCAUGGGCAGGAUUGCUGGGUAGGGGAGAGUCAGCUUGGGCAGUGAUGGGGAGCUGCUAUAAAUACAGAUGAAGCUUUGUUCUUGCCACCACUCACUUCAUGCUGUGUGGUUCCUUCCCACCCAAGUUUCAUGGAAGACAGUUUUUCCAUUGACGUGGUGGUGGGAGCUCUGCAGCCAGGUCCCUAACAGGCUGGGUAUCUGCAACCCAGGGGAUAGGGGACCACAGCUUUAAGGCAUAGUUUCCCAACAGUGCCACUGUUGACAUUUGGGGCCAGAUAAUUCUUUGUUGAGUGUGUGAGGAGGGCUGUCCUGUGUGUGGUAUGAUAUUUAGCAGCAACCCUGGCCUCUACCUGCUAGACACCAGGAGCAACCCCCCAGUUAUGACAACCAAAAAUGUUUCCAGACAUUGCCAGAUGUCCCCUGGGGGCAAAACCUCCCUAGUCCACAGCCUGUCUUCCUCCUCAUCCCAACCCCACAUCUUCCUCUGCCCUCCCCAGUCAUUGUCCUCAGAGAGAUGCUAUUGACAACUCUUUCUUCUUGAGAUGAUCCAGUUUUGUCCUGAUUCUUUGCCCUCAGUCUGAGCCUGCUCUAUCUCUUCCUGGUUCCUCUUUCCUUAUCUGUUCCUGUUCAAAUGAAGUUGUUUUAGGGCUGUCUCUCUCUGCUCUUUUCUUGGGCAGCCAUACCAUCUAAGACCUCAAAGCUAAGGACACCUGCCCUGUCGCCAUCUGGAAACUUUCAUUGCCUGUUUCUGUUUAUCCAAAACCAAACUUGUUAUUACCCACCUUUUAAUCCCACCUCUGUUUCAAACAGUGUGAUACAUGCUCUUGGUUAAUCCAGCUGGAAGGCUUCCUGGAGGAAGUGAUAUCUGAACUGAGUCCUGAAAGACUGGGGGAAAAGGGAGAAGGGGACAGGCACUGUGAGCAAAAGCCUGACAGGACAGGUGUCAAGAGGAAGUAAGUGAAAAUCAUAUGUAAAGGUCUCUCCUAUGACCUGUAGGUACCCAAUACAUGGUAGAUGUCUAAACAUAAUGGUCACCUAGUCCAAUCUGUCCCUUUUCAGAUGAAGUGCCCAGGUGCUAAGGAAUGAUUUUGUCAAAGGCCACUCCACCCCUCAGAGCCAGCCUCUGUCCUCCUAAGGGUGCCACCUGGAAGAGAUGUUCAGUUAAGUGGAAUCCGGGGCCAGAGGGAAAAUAUCAGUGUUUUGCUGAGGUUCAGGUCCAGCGUAGCUACCAUUCUUCUACCAUUUCUACUGAGCCUUUAUUUGUGCCCCCUUAGGCCACUUGGCCAUGUACCAUGGCCUCUGGGCAGAUUCAGUUGGGAACCGUGGGAACAGCUGCAGAGUGGGAAGUGCUUUGCCUGCCUUCCUGGCCUCUGGUGCUUAUGGCAGCCCUCUGCAGGUUACUGAGGCUAGGGGGUGGGGGGGGCGGGCACUGAGCCAAAGUGAGUCCUGUGGGAGCUGUUGCUGCAUCCUGCCAUGCUAGGAGACAGUCACACACCAAUAUGAGGAGCCCUGUGAGAGCCACUGAAAGGCACAGCUGAAGAUGGUACCUUCCAGCCCAGGGCUGGGUCCAAAACAGGGUUCGGUUUUCUGUUUCUUUCAGGGUGAGACUAGUGUAGUCUAUACCAACUCUCUCCUAUGUGUAAACAAUGAAAAGAACAUUCCUGUCUUGUUUUCCCAAAAUGUAAAACGACUUCAUUUCUCAUUAGGUAUUACAUGUUCAUUAUAAAAAGUAAUUUAAACAAUAUCGAAAUGCCAAAAAGUAAAACUUACCCCAAAUCCUACCACUCCCAUAAUCACAAGUGACAACCAGCUGUUGGGCCUUCCAUCCUUUUCACCCUUCAGGUGAGCACAUAGAUCCUUGUUUUUUCAAUUACAAUAGCUACCUUGUACUGGCACUUAGUAUAUGCCAGAACUCAUGCCAAGUGCUGCUGGCAGCAGCUCUUGCCUCAAGGCCUUUGUCCCUGUCAUUUGUUCCAUCAGCUAUACCAGAUGCAGUUCUUUCUUCAUACAUAAUUUCAGGUUUCAUCUUAAAUGUCACUUCUUCAGAGUCUCCCUGACAUCACAAGUCAGGUCCCUUAUUAGUUUCACAUCCAUUACUUUUCCUUAAUCAUUUGUACCAUCAUCUCUUAUUUAUUUUUAUGUUUAAUGUCUGGUGGGUUUGGGGUGUUUUUUUUGCUAGACUGGAAGCUCUCAGAGGGCAGGAUCUGUUUGCCUGCCACAGAGAUGUUCAAUAAAUAUUGUAAAAUGAA